AUGGGCGCUCUAGAGCGCCCUGGAUAUAUGGUGCCGCAGCAUAUAACCUUGAUCGAUACCGUUCUCACCAUGCCAGGCAAGACGAUCGAAGAAGAACACCGACGUCGGGUUGCAGCGAUAAACGCAGUAAUUGUGUUCUGUGAUAUUGAAGAGGGUGCACCGUCGCGGAUUCGUGUUUCUAACCGACCCGUCGGUGAUGCUAUUGAUGACACGCAACCUAUUUCCUCGGCUAAGCGACUACGACCAUGCCCCAUCGAUGAAAGCACUGAAGCUUUUCAUCGAGCGAUCGCCUCAGUCUGCAUCAACAUCCCAAUCAAAGACCAACGGUUUGCUUUAUUUGCCUUGGUAAUCCUAAAUUACCUGAACACUGCUCGAAGCGCACACGGGACUGUCUCAUGCUUAUCUCCCUCAGCACUCCGCCCAAUUUAG